GGGAGCACCCCGGGGUGCCCCCGGAGUGGGGUGGCGUCUGUAGGGAUGUCAGCGGGGUGUGCCCAUCCAUGGGAUGUAUGGGCUCCAUACUGAGCCACGCUGGGUACCUGCUGCAGGAGGGAUCCCAGCCACGCUGCACGGAUGGCGUGGGAUGUAUGGGCUCCAUACUGAGCCACAUUGGGUACCUGCUGCAGGAGGGAGCUGAGCCACGCUGCACGGAUGGCGUGGGAUGUAUGGGCUCCAUACUGAGCCACGUUGGGUACCUGCUGCAGGAGGGAGCUGAGCCACGCUGCACAGAUGGCGUGGGAUGUAUGGGCUCCAUACUGAGCCACAUUGGGUACCUGCUGCAGGAGGGAGCUGAGCCACACUGCACAGAUGGCGUGGGACAUAGAGGCUCCAUACUGAGCCACGUUGGGUACCUGCUGCAGGACGGAUCCCAGUCACGCUGCACAGAUGGCAUGGAAUGUAUAGGCUCCAUACUGAGCCACGUUGGGUACCUGCUGCAGGAGGGAUCCCAGCCAUGCUGCAUGGAUGGCGUGGGAUGUAUGGGCUCCAUACUGAGCCACGUUGGGUACCUGCUGCAGGACGGAUCCCAGCCAUGCUGCAUGGAUGGCGUGGGAUGUAUGGGCUCCAUACUGAGCACCUGCUGUGGGAGAGAGGUCCUGCACCAAGCCACACUGCGUGGAUGGUGUGAGAGGUAUGGGCUCUGUGCUGAGUGUGUGCGAUACGUGCUUUGGGAGGUCUGGGCUCUAUACGGAGCCGUGCUGCAUAUAUGGUGUAGGAGGCAGGAGUCCAGUCCUGAGUCGUGCUAGCCAUGUGGUGUGGGAGGUAUAGGCUCUAUACUGAGCACGUUGGCUAUGUGGUGCAGGAGAGACGGGCUCUAUACUGUGCACAAGGGGUGUAUGGUGUAGGAGGUAUGGACUCCAUACCAUGCACGUGACGAGGGAGAGACGGGCUCUAUACCGUGCACACGGGGUGUAUGGUGUAGGAGGUAUGGACUCCAUACCACGCACGUGAUACGGGAGGUGUGGGCUCUACACUGUGCACACGAGAUGGGCUCUGUACGGCACACACGGCGUGGAACGUAUGGGCUCUAUAAGGUGCAAGGUGGCACAGGGAUGGAUUCGCCAGGUCCGGGUCACCUGGGCGCAGGGUGACCGGUGCCCAGCGGG